AUGCUGAAGAAGGAUACGCGUACAUUCCCGGCCAUCUUGCAUCCACAGGGUGCUCUCAAGCUCUCUGUUACUUACCUCACGACGCCUAAUUUCGAUCUGGUCGAGCGCGAGUCAUUACUCUCGUCACAGUUCUUCCAUGAGGGCGUGGACUUCACGCCAACUCUAGUCAGGCACAGUCAGCGCGAGUCAAUUUCAAGCUCUCCGGGUAGGCUGGCCCAACAGACUGCGCUCCCGAGCUCACAUCAAUCCUCUGUCGCCGACCAGUUCAUCUUGCCACCUCCGAUAUCGUCACGGACGGCGUCCUUCCCGAUUACUGGUGGAGGUAGCCCCCGCAUGCAAACCAUGGCAUUGCCCUCUGUGCGACGUCUAUCGAAUGCUGGCAUGGGUUUAGGCGGUGCGGGAUCCCUGUCUGGGUUGUCGGAAGGUUCAUCGCGUCAGGGGGGCGCCUCUAUCGUCUCGCGGGAUGAGGGCCCGUCGGUAUCUGCACUGGCAGCACGAUUGCGGCGCGAGAGUACGGGUGCAGGUCGGGGCAUGGCGAGCGCGACGUCAUUGCAGCAAGAGCUCUCGUCGUCCCCUGGUCCCGUGCCCAUCCGUCGCGGGCCUAUCACUCCGGUAUAUCCGUUCAAGUCUUCGACAUUGUCUUCUGGAUCGCCCUCGCCCUCGGUCCGGCAGCAUUCGCCGCUUGGCUCGCUUCCUAGUGCCGGGCCAUCAUUACCUUCUCGUCCGAUUCACUCUCCCACAUCGUCUCGCGUUGGAGUGAAUGUCCCACUAAUGAGUAGCCGUGCGCCGUCAUCGCCGGCCACCCCCUUUCGACCGUCGCCUCCACUUGCGCCAUCAAGCUUUGGAGAAAGGAGGUCGUUGGGUAGUGCAGAGGGUAUCGCGGAGAGCCCGAGGAUGGGCGGAGCGAAGCGAUAUUCGAGUAGUUUUGGCUAUCGAUAUGCCGCGACGGGAGGUGUAGGCAGUGAGGGGAGUGCGGGAAGCGCUGGUAGAGAGGGCGAACGGGCAGCGGGUGCGUCGUUCUUGAGCAACAAUACGGAUGAUGACGACAUAUCAGCAUUUGUUCAAGCUAUUGACGCUCGGAGACCAUUGGCUGGGUUGCGGGAGCAGAGCACGCCGCCGCCCGACGAGCCGCUCGACGGCAGGCCAAAUUCUGCGAACGUGUCCCGUCCCUCCAGCGAGCUCGCGCGGGCACGGACAAUGUCAAUGCCGGGGCCGAUGCUGGCGACGGAGUCUGCAGUCGAUGAGCGCCUGCGGGAGAUGUCAGAAGCAUUCAAGUCAACGUUACGCGGCCUUGGCGGGCGCCGACGGCGCGCCGUUGUGGGUGCGAAUGUUCCGCAGGACGAGCCGGCCCAGGAAUGCGUUCAUACUCCCGUGGACGAGGGUAUCGCUCUGCCUGCGACGUACGUACGGCCAAGGUACGGCUCGAUGGGGAGCGUGCGCUCCGGGUUCAGCAUCGCGUCCGGGGAGGUCAUCGGGAGGAUGGAUCCUGAAGUGGGGGGAGACCCAGGAAGGAGCGCGCGGUAG